AUGGCGGCUUCUCGGCUGAGGGUCGUCGGGGCCCUGGCUGCCGCCGCCGCUGGAAGCGGGGCCGCGAUCGUGUACAACCCUCUCAUUUCCUCCGAGAAUGACGCCGGCACCGGCGGCGCUUUGGAGAGUGUGCGCCGGAAGAUCGCCGAUCCCGCGGCCGUCGUGCCGUCGCGGGAGGUUCACAGGUCCGCGCUGAUGGGUUCCAGCACCGUCAAACCGCUCGACGUGCUCGUGGUGGGCGGGGGAGCCACCGGCUGCGGGGUUGCCCUCGACGCAGCGUGCCGCGGGCUUAGUGUCGGGCUCGUUGAGCGCGAGGACUUUUCUUCCGGAACUUCCUCUCGAUCCACCAAGCUCAUUCACGGAGGUAAGCUCCUUAUAAUUUCGUAUAUUCUCUUCUUAUGCUUCAAGAAUUGCGUGCCGUGACAUUUACUCUCUCCUUUGUUCAUAUGAUUGUGGAUUUUAAUUGGGCUACUUGCUACAAUACUAGGGAGUGUUUCCGUUGACGUGGAAUCACUGAAACAAUCUGAGACCACUUAAUUAACGAUUUAACCUAUCGACGUUAAGUUUUCCAUUUCUAAUAAUUCGUGAUUAUUUAUAAUUUCGAUUUUCUUUGUCACCUGGUUACAUUCUUACGCUGCUCUUUAGAAUAAUACCCAGUAUAUAUGGUUCUGAUGUUGUGACGACUGGAUGGUUGAGAGAGCCAAGUAAUUGAGUCAGUUCAUUUGUCUCCUUCGUCUGAAGGAGUUCAUUUGUAGUUUAAUGGCAUUACUUUUCUCCUUCCAGGUAAUAAGUCAAAAAUACACCAAAGACGUUUUGACUUGAAGAUAUAGGUGAAUUAUUGGGAAUUUUAAGCAAGAAACUGCUGAAGCCAAAAAAAUCGUUCUUUGAAACAGCACGUGAUUUUCGCAAACUGGAUUGUAGGCUCCAUUUUCUUGUUGAAAUUUUUUAACCAUGAGUACCUAUAUUUUGGAGACAUGCAAAAGUUUGCAGACUUCAAUGCCUCCUUUUUCGUCAUCAUAAUACAGAAAAAAAGGGGCCGAUUAAUCCAUCUCCUUCCUUUAUCCUUACCAUGUAACAUGGAAUACCAUGUUCUGUAGACUGUGCAGCGAAAGCUUGCUACAAUUUCUUUGAAGUAUUCGGGUAUUACCAAUUAAAAUUAUUUAUUUGUAAAGGGAAAACAUAAAAGAUCAUAAGAUCCAUUAUAAAGUCUCAUUGACACAAAUAAACAAUGAAAUGGUGUACAUUGGAAAUUACCAUGUAAGCCAUAAACAGUCAACCUUUUAUAGAUAAUUUUUAUUUUUCUCUCUUGUUAUGCAUUUGGAAAUGUCCAUUCUGGCUGUCAUUCGGUCUCGUGUCAGAAACUUUCCUGGUGGUGCCACCUAGUGAACAUUGGGAGAUGUAUUGUCCUGGCAAUUGAUUUUAGCCCAACAUGUGUGCUUCCUUGGCAACCACUAUUUUCAACAUGGGAGUCAUUCAAAUUCAAAAUUCUAAACUAUGGGGUCCAGCACUAUUUUCAAACUACUUAACUCAGCAUGCCUAGAAAAGCGUCUGAGGUUAUCUCCUUAGUAUGGAAAAUUCUACGACUAGUGAUGUUGAGAGUACAUCAAUUGACACAAGUAGAAAUCAUGGCUUAGCCAUUAGAAAAUUAACCCAAACCUGUGUAAUGAACAAUUUUCCUUGUUAGCGAAUUGUCAAGCAAGUAGACUUUGUAUGCUACAGAACUGGGUGACAAAAUAUCCCGAGAAUUAUCUUAUUUUCUCCUUUCAUUUUGAGAUAAAUUUUAACACACUCCUUUUUUUAAAAUUUCCCAGGGAUCAUGUCCCUAUGGUUCAUUUUUCUUUCCAGCUUACGUUAUCAUAUUUUUCAUUCAGCGUUUAGAUGAGAAUAUUCGUAGCAAUUAGUCAAUUUUAGCACUCUGGGUUUUUCAGUUCUUGUGGCAGGGGAGUUAUUUUCCUCUAUUCUGCUCGGUAAAUGUACAUCCUGGAUGUUUGAUUUUUUCCAAGGUUGCGUACUUCGGUUUGAAAAAGAUUAUUUUCUCUUAAAAUCACAAUGCUUUAUCCUUGUGUUGACUUACGAAUGGACACCAUUCGAAAGACGCCUCGAUUUCAUAUUGAUGUGCUUCUAAGGGGUGCAGCAUUGCUGUCUAACUACUUUCCUCAUCAGUUCUUUUUGCAUCAUCUCUCUGUUGUAGUCAAUAUACCUUUGGUGGUCAUCAGAAUGAUUUGAUAUUGAGUGGCUUUUCACGUGCUUGCAUACGUCAAUUGGGGCACGAGUCGCCCUAAUUGCCACUGUCUAAUUCUGUCCUAUUUAGUGGUGGUUUGGCGAAUUCGAAAUCUACCAAGGCAGGGCAGGGUAGAGAAUAAACAUCAUGAGCACAAGCAACCCUGUGAUUAUUAUUUUUAUAGAACUUGGACAUUUCAGUACACCACACAAUCUGUUUCUUGCAUCUUUUUCAGCUUCUUGUAUUAUUUUUUUAUGAGAAAAUAAUAGCAUAUUUUACUUGUGUUAUUCAUGUGCUUAUUCCUUUCCUGAUAGGGGUUCGGUACCUAGAGAAGGCGGUUUUUAAUCUUGACUAUGGGCAGCUGAAACUUGUUUUCCAUGCCCUCAAGGAGCGUAAACGGAUUAUUGAGAAUGCCCCACAUUUAUGCCACGCACUACCAUGCAUGACGCCGUGUUUUGAAUGGUUUGAGGUCGUGUACUACUGGUUGGGUUUGAAGUUGUAUGAUGUUGUUGCUAAUCGCCAUAUGUUGCAUUUAUCGCGAUAUUAUUCCGCAAAUGAAUCUGUUGAACUCUUCCCAACCUUGGCUAGAAAAGGACACAACAGAAGCUUGAAAGGAACAGUAGUUUACUAUGAUGGACAAAUGAACGACUCCCGCCUCAAUGUCGGAUUGGCAUGCACUGCUGCCUUGGCUGGCGCAGCUGUUCUUAACCAUGCAGAGGUCAUCUCCUUUAUCAAAGAUGAUUUGACUGGUCGAAUAAUUGGGGCUCGUGUUCGAGAUAAUUUAUCAGGUACCAUCAUUUUGUUUCAGCUUCUGUUCAAUUUAUUCGGUUUUCAUGCAUUCUAUUGUCAGAUGAUUUAGGGGUGGGUUUUCAUCUCUAGAUGCUGGACUGGUGGUUUUGCCUCGGCGAAUUGACUUUUUUCUCUGGCGUUGACUAGAGAAACUGGUGCUGUUUCUUGUCUUGAUCUCGUAAAAAGUUGUAUGAUAUCAAUCCUCUGCUGAGAAAUUAAAAAAAUAAAAUACCAUGGAUUUUAUUGAAUUGGGAUUUCGUUCUGUGCAUCUUACUUAUUUAUAGCUAUAUUAUGACUCGUUGACUAAUGCAGUGAGAACACAUUGACUUGAUCUAAUGGAUCCAAGCAUGCAACUCUGACUUAGCUCCAUGGUCACAUUAACCAUCAUAACUUUUAUCAUAUUUUUCCUUGUCAAAAUAAAUAAAGAUGAUAUAUUGUGGAGUUGACCAGCUUCUGCUUGCCACAUCAUAUUUCCAUCUGCCAACUGUAACCAGGAAAAGUCUUCGACACAUAUGCGAAAGUCGUGGUCAAUGCGGCCGGGCCAUUCUGCGACGCUCUGAGACAAAUGGCCGACAAAGGCGCAUCCCCUAUGAUCUGCCCCAGCAGCGGCGUCCACGUCGUUCUCCCCGACUACUACUCCCCAGAAGGAAUGGGCCUCAUCGUUCCCAAGACGAAGGAUGGCCGCGUUGUGUUCAUGCUGCCAUGGCUCGGUAGGACGAUUGCCGGAACCACAGACUCCAACACCGCAAUCACGAUGCUCCCAGAACCCCACGAAGACGAGAUACAGUUUAUACUGGACGCCAUCUGUGAUUACCUCAGCGUCAAGGUGGGCACCUUCUGUUCUCUGGACUCUCAGCUCCGGUCAGAGGCUCGCCUGGUUGACUGACUUCUGAGAGUAGACUCUGCGAUAGCUCAUCUUCAUCAGUUUGACUUCUGCAGGUAAGGCGCUCGGAUGUCCUGUCGGCAUGGAGCGGAAUUCGUCCGUUGGCCGUUGACCCAUCUGCGAAGAACACCGAGAGCAUCUCCCGGGAUCAUGUCGUGUUGGAAGACUUUCCUGGUUUGAUCACGAUCACAGGUGGGAAGUGGACCACUUAUCGAAGGUAACCAUUCGUGACGAAUUUACUCAAAAAAGAAAAAUGCUGAGUCAACAUCCAUGCAGGAACAAAGUCAACGAGGACACUAAAUCUGUGAUGAAAAUCUUUUCCUUCUCCUCUUUAUUUGCCUGGCUGUCUUGGGUUCAUCGUCUUUUAGCUCUUCUUCUUCUUCCCUGUUUGACUCUGGGCGGCCUAACCAUUCGCCGCCGCCCUCACCUGCAGCAUGGCGGAGGACGUGGUCAAUGCGGCCGUCAAGUCCGGCAAAUUGAAGCCCUCCAACGGCUGCCUCACGGGGCGAGUGCCCCUCGUCGGCGGCGACGGGUGGGACCCAUCGUCCUUCACAGAACUCGCCCAGAACUUCGUCCGCAUGAAGAAGACCCACGCCGGGAGGGUCGUCCCCGGCGUGAUGGACAGCGCCGCCGCCAAGCACCUCUCCCACGCCUACGGCAAUCUCGCCCACAGAGUCGCCGCCAUAGCUCAGGUACAGAAUGAACGAGAAUGAGUAUGAUCGCAGAAUGAGAAUCUUCUCCCUUCAUUCCAUCUGUGCAUUCUCAGAAUGAGAAUCUCGGGAAGCGGCUCGCCCACGGGUACCCGUUUUUGGAGGCGGAGGUGGCGUACUGCGCCCGGCAAGAGUACUGCGAGUCAGCCGUUGACUUCAUUGCCCGGAGGUCAAGGUUGGCCUUCCUCGACACCGACGCCGCCGGCCGGGCUCUGCCACGCGUUAUCGAGAUAAUGGCCGCCGAACACGGCUGGGACCGCCGGCGGCGGAGGGAGGAGCUCCGGCAGGGGAGGGAAUUCUUGGAGACCUUCAAAUCCUCCAAGAACGCCCAGUUUCACGACGGCAAGCACGCCACAGGUGAGUUCCCUGUCUCUCCCUUUCUCUCUCUGUUCUGCGGUUGUCUGGUGGGAAAUUUGAGACUUUGGCGUACUUUCCAGGUGCUUAAGUGGUGGUGCUCCGGAGGAAGGAGCUCGGGGGAUGAAGUCAAAAACAAAUUAUUUUUAUACCUUUAA